AUGAGCCUCGCCCCACUCCCCUCCCCAGUUAGCCCUUCAGGUGUAAAUCCUCCUAUUUGGGGACCUCUAAGGAACCUAAGAAACCACCAUUCCUUCACAGAGAAAAUGAAGAGGAAGAUAUUUCCCCAACACAACGGCACUGGGACAACAGAGUUUGUUCUGCUGGGACUGACCAGUCAACCAGAGCUGCAGCCCAUUCUUUUUGUUGUGGUUCUCCUGAUUUACCUCAUCACCCUGACCAGAAACUUGGGGAUGAUUUUAUUAAUCAGAUUCACUCCCCAGCUGCAAACCCCCAUGUACUUUUUCCUCACCCACUUAGCAUGUGUAGAUAUUUUUUAUUCUACUAAUGUAUCUCCUCAGAUGCUUUUUAAUUUCUUAUCUGAGAAGAAAAACAUUUCCUACACAGGGUGUCUGGCCCAAUGUUUUGUUUUUGUGACUCUGUUCCUUACUGAGUAUUACAUGCUUGGUGCCAUGGCCUACGACAGGUACAUGGCAAUCUGCAAACCUUUGCAUUACAACAGCAGAAUGUCCAGGCCACGUUGCAUCUGCCUGGUCACUUUCCCCUACUUCUGGGGAUCUACAGUGGGCACCAUGCAGGUAAUAUUGACCUCUCACUUGUCCUUUUGUGGACCCAACACCAUCAACCAUUUCUACUGUGCUGACCCACCCCUCCUAAUGUUGACAUGUUUCGAAACUUACAUAAAGCAAACUGCCCUGUUUGUGUCUGCAGGGAUUUACCUCACAGGUUCCCUCCUCAUCAUCCUCAUCUCCUAUGUUUUCAUUUUCAACACCAUUACAAGCAUCCAUUCCCAUGAAGGGCAGUGCAAAUCCUUACACCUGACAGUUGUCACGAUGGUCUAUGGGUCCCUUUUCUCCAUGUAUCUGAGACCCACAAAUGAACAACCUGUUGAACAAGGGAAAAUUGUGUCAGUGUUUUGCAUUUUUGUGAGUGCCAUGCUGAAUCCGUUUAUCUAUAGCUUGAGGAACAAGGAUGUGGAACAGGCUUUAAGAAGAACAUGUACAAGAAAACUUAGGACCAUGGAGAAAAGUUCUAUUUUAAUAGUUUCCCAAUGA